GUUUGGUAUUACUAUUUUCCUCAUCAGUCAGACAAGAUGGCCAUUCAGAAGACCGGCAUCAAGCAUAACAAGAGCUCUCGCCGCAAGGCCCCCAAGAGCCAGAACGCCUACCUGGCUCUGCUCGUCAAGCUCUACCGUUUCCUUGCUCGCCGCACCGAGUCCAACUUCAACGCUGUUGUCCUGCGCCGCCUGUACGCCAGCCGCGUCAACCGCCCUUCCAUGUCCCUCUCCAAGCUCGCCAAGUUCGUCGAGGGUAAGGAGGCCACCGCCGUCCUCGUCGGCACCGUGACCGACGACGUCCGCAUGGUCGAUGUCCCCAAGGUCACCGUCUGCGCCCUCCACGUCACCAAGACCGCCCGCGCUCGCAUCGUCGCCGCCGGUGGUGAGGUCCUCACCUUCGACCAGCUCGCCAUCCGUGCCCCCACUGGCAAGAACACCCUCCUGCUCCGUGGUAAGACCAGCACUCGCGAGGCCAACAAGUACUUCAGCCCGGGCGCCGGCAGCCACGCCAAGCCCAUCACCCUCUCCAAGGGCCGCAAGUUCGAGAAGGCUCGUGGUCGCCGUCACUCUCGCGGCUUCAAGAUCAAGGGUUAAAAUCCUUGGCUCUCCUUGCCCUUCCAAUAUCAGUCCUGCAGUCGCAGACGACGGGUGGCGCCAUCAUCUCCGCUUGGUGGUUUGGUGGCUCCCUCGGCGUCGGUGUGUCAUGCUCAGCUUCCCAGCGGGGUCGUCAUCGUCGUCGUCGUCAUCCUGUGCGGCGGCGCACGCCCUGCGCCCUCUCUGGGAUUCGUGGCCCAACGCGCAUCCGUCGAAUAGACUCCCCUCUACUGCU